UUCAUCCCUUUCCCUGUGAUUGUUGUGUUACAAUGGGGAAAGGCGACAUUGAAACUGGCGGUGCUCUGUAUCCCACGAUGUGUGAAAGCCCAGAGCUGCGUUGGGCGUUUAUUAGGAAGGUUUACACAAUCUUAUCCGUACAGUUGCUGCUCACUGCCGCCGUUGCAUUCGCCGUCGUUUCACUCCCCAAUAUCGGGCUUUACGUCCGACACACAAUCCCGGGCAUUGUCAUUUACAUUCUUUCUCUUGUCGUUUCCUUGAUACUUAUAUUCCUCCUGCAUAAAUUUCACAACCGUCAUCCUUUGAACUUUUUUCUUCUUGGGCUGUUCACCAUCUCAUUUUCCUUUGGUGUGGGACUCACUUGUUCCUUUUACAAAGGGACGAUCGUUUUUGAGGCUAUUGCCCUUACAAGCGUUGCAGUUGUUGGCCUAACACUCUAUACAUUCUGGGCAGUAAAGAGGGGGCAUGAUUUUAGCUUCCUUGGACCAGCUUUGUUCUGUUCCAUCUUGGUGCUUCUUGUUUUUUCUCUUAUCCAGAUCUUUAUACCUCUUGGAAAGUUAUCAGUGAUGAUAUUUGGAUACCUUGCGGCAACAAUUUUCUGUGGUUAUAUUGUGUAUGAUACCAAUGAGUUGAUCAAGCGUUGUAGCUAUGACGAUUACAUCUUGGCUGCAGUCAGUCUCUAUGUCGACAUUAUCAAUCUUUUCAUGGCAAUGCUCACUAUACUCUCCGGCGGUGAACCCUGAAGAGCUCCAUUUUGCUACUCAUCGGUGACCAUUCUCAGAUUCUCUUGUAUUCUCGACUCUAUAUUACUAACAGGCUACGCUGGGUGCAAUUGUUUUGUUUAAAAAAUGGAGGGCGGAAUUUAUCUGCUGAGUGGAGUGUUCAUUGAAAUUUUUAAUUAACAGUAUUUGUUUGG